AUGAAGCUCUCCCGAGCCUUUUUCGCCUUUUUUCUCUUCGGGGAAGAGGUGGCUGGUCCUACCCCUAACACUGUCACCACCUACAAAGACAGUGACAUUUCCACCCUGGAUCUCGCUCAGCCCCAGCUACAAUGGCGGGCGUCAUUUGUGGGUAUAGGAAAGGGAAUAUACGCUACCACAACCAUGCAAGCAGCUUGGGCGAGCGAAAUUGAAAGUGCAUUGGGUUGGCUGAUGUUACUUACGGACGUGCCCGCAAAGCUUGGAGAGAUUUCCGCUUAUGCCGCUGCCUAUGACGCACAUUGGUCGAAGCGCCGUCGAUCGCUUGCCGUUGAAAUUGAACAGAUCCUGGGCCUUGAGUAUGUGCUUCGAACUAGUGGCUACGAGUUUGACUAUGUUAAUGAUGACCCAGCCUUAACCGCUCGUUACUUCAUGAAGAAUGUGUGGAAAGGUGACAAGACUGGCCGAGAUUACACGAUGCUGAAAUUUGAGGAUGGCACUGGGCAGCUACACAUUCCAUCCGCUACAAGUGGUAAUUCCACUGGUUCCCUUCAGAAGCGUUCAACUGGGAAAGGCGUCAAGGUUGCUUUCGAUAUUGGCUCCGCUAGGGUUACCUUGAAGAAGCAUGCACUGGGUGCCGCCGAAGCUAUUUCGAAAUCGUGGCUAAAAUAUGCGAAGGAAGGUUACACGAACAUGUAUGCAUUCGUCGAGAAGGUCGCCACUUCUGUUCUGUACUUUCGCACCCUUGUUGAAAUGGAGGGCUUUGGUACCAACUAUGAAAACGUGAAUAGUUGCGGUGCUUUGUCCGAGUACCUUGGAACCUACUUAGGGUCUGACUAA